CGGAGAAGGUCGCGCUGCCGUUAUUAGCCCGCAUGGCAGUCAAUCGGUACUGGAAUAGUUUCAAUUUUUUUUUAUCAUUAUUGUGCCGUUAAAGUACAGUGAAACACCGCCCGGAACGCGGUAAUUGUUCGGUAGAAUUGUUUUCUAUUCGAGUUAAAAACGCGAUCGGAUGAAUAACCGAGCGGUGGUGAAACCGCCGCGGAUCGCCGAUCGCCGCCGAUCUCGCCGGCCGGUUUUAUUAUUGUGAGAUUGGAAUACAUAUAUAUAUAUAUAUAUAUACAUUAUUAUUGCAGUAACAUACCGUACGCGAGUGAAAUUUCUACCACACGUCGGUUACCGUACGGUGCUGUUUCGUUUAUUCUGUAUUAUUUUUUUUCUUUGCACAAGGAAGUCGGGUCAAGAGAUUCGACUUUUUUGGUAAAACCGGCCGAUUUUCGCGACGCGAAAUCGGAGAUAUGCAGCCGGCCGCGUCUGGGCGGCCGAUCAUGCCGCGACUCGCACUACUUGCUGCUGCUGGCGUCUUUUUCUACUGCUGCUGCACGAUGAGGGGGACUCGUUUAGGUGGCGUCGAAGCUCUGGAGCUGACGAGGCUGGACGUACCGCUGUUCGUCGAUCCGAGAUCGGCAAAGGUCGCGCUACGGUGCGAAUACGACUUGGAAGGGGCGGGGCUCUACUCGGUGAAGUGGUACAGAAACGACUUUGAAUUUUUCCGCUACAGGCCUGGGGCCCAGCCACCCGGACAGGCUUUCCCCCUCUUGGAGGUAAAAGUCGACCUCGAGCGAUCCGACGCCGAGCAAGUUACUCUCCUGGGGCAGGAAGAAGGGGUCAACCUCGCCGGAUCCUACAUGUGCGAAGUCUCGACCGAAGGACCCCAAUUCCUCAUCAAAGAAAAAACGGCCAAUAUGAGCGUCGCCGUCGUGCCCAAGAGGGAUCCCGUCCUCGAGGGCGUUAGGCCGACCUACGACCUCGGCGAACUGCUCCAGGCAGAGUGCACCUCCGCCCCCGGCUACCCUCCCGCCAACCUGACCUUCAUCCUCAACGACAAGCAGGUUCCGUCGGCGCUGACGCGAAACCUGACGCCGGAUGUGACGCUCCCCAUGGACGUCGGAGGUCAGCCUCUUCAGCUAUCAACGACACGCCUGGGGUUGACGCUGCGACUCGAACGCGGCCACUUUCCAGGCUCAAGCCUGAGUCUCGUCUGUCUUUCCACCCUGCCCGGGAUCUCGGCGGCACGAGCGAGAAAAACGGAAGUGACGUCGACGCUGGCGGCGAGCAGCGGCCGCCUCCAGCAGGAACCUCCGUCGCCCUCUUCGGCGACCCUUAAUUUUCUCUCGAUAAAUUUUUUACCGUUAUCCCUGACGGUGAUUAUUAUCUCCGGGAAAUUCCUUGACGCCGAAUUACCCUUCGCGCAAUCAACCAUCUCCCGGGGUUACUAGAUAAACGGGCUCUCCCCAAAUUACUCGAGGGGCACCGAACCUGCCGCCAUUAUCCUCCAGGGUCCAGGAUGAUAUCCCAAAGAGGUUGGUAUUAUUGUGAUUCCACCGGUGUAUGAGUGUGUUACAUAUAAAUAUGUUUACAAGAAUUACACAUACACGUACAUAUAUAUAUACAUAUAUAUAUAUAUAUAUAUAAAGAUAAGACUUGGUUAAAGAUUAUUUUAAAAAAUACUGUGUUGUAAAUAAUAGGGUAUGAGUGGAUAUAGUGGUUAGGUGUUUAUUGAAUAAAGAUACGACGUGAAUGACGGUGAUACAAUGUA